UGUCUCUGUCUCUGUCUCUGUCUUUGUCUUUGUCUUUGUGUUUUUUUUUAUCUCUAUCUCCCAUCCUUUUUUUAUUGUCUUGUCUUUGUUUCUCUUGCCUUUUGCUUUUUUAACACUAUAGCAGUUCUUUCAUUCACAAUUUUUUAUCGAUCGGCAAAGCAGUUUUUUACAGCAAUGUCCUCAAUAUCACAGCAGAGGUGUCCUACACCAGUACACCCCUCCACAUCCUCACAGCAUCUGACUCCACAUACCCACUCUCAUACAACAUACUCUUAUACCUCUUCCAUUUCCUCUGCACCGUCAAGGCCAUCUUCUCCAGCCUCUAUGCUCUCCUCCACUUCAGCUGUCCUUACACCACCACAAUCACCCAAACCAUUUCAACUCAAGACAUUUGCAAAUAUUCCAGGUUCACCACCUCCCUCCACUAGCCAUUUCACCAAUAACAGCAGUAGCGCUGUGAUUACAUUAGCAUCCCAAAACACUUCUCCUAUUGCUCCAGAGUUCCCUAGCUCAGUAACUGCUGUCUCGAGCAAUGCAUCACUUGCAUCGUUGCUCACCCAACCCGUUACCAGGAUUGUUUUGAUGUUGACAGUUGUACAAAGCUUGAUCGCAUUAGCUGGACAUUUUCCAGAUCACUGCUCAGACCCUUCGCAUGUUCUCCAUGCAGCUCAGUAUCCUGCACUGGUGGCGUCGCCUUUUAUCGUUCCGCUAUCAUCAACACUCUUGAGCUCAGCUCAACAGACCAUCGGCACGUCUUUACUAUUAGGAAUGUCGAACAUCAUCUCGUUUGCACUGUUCGAGGAGCGUCUGACAACAGUCUUUAACGGUAAUGGCACUAGAAUCUUCCGCAAUCUCUUUCUGGUGAUUACGAUCCUUGUACUGGCACUGCGACAACUUUUGGGCUUUUUGUUCUCCAGAGCACUGGGCUGGCAAUUUCCUCAACUGUUUUUCAGUGAUUCGAUGUAUGAAUGUAAUCUUGGAUUGGCACCGUUCCUGUUUGCAUUGUUGGUCGUGCAAGCACUCUUUCCUCACAAUUCGACUGUCGACGUCAAUAGGACAUCUAUCCGGAACAUCCGUCGAAUAUAUAUCCAAGUUGUCCUUUGCCUCCUCAAUGUGAUUCCAAAGACUAUUGUAUGGUGGGCUGGCAGUGGUCUUAUUGUCGGAUUUGUUGUCGCUCUUGUGAUUUCUUACCAACGUAGGAUGGGUCGAUGGGGAGGCAAAGUAAAGACCUCAGCGUUUGAAAAGGAGCAAUGGGAAGACUCCGACCCGAUCGUGAAUGUUUGCGAAGAGGAGCAAUUGUUUAUGACCCUGACCAAGGAAGCUGAUAGCGAAUUUUUGGUUGUACAACCAGCAACUGCAUCAUACAAUGAUGUCACCCCUUCAGGAGGAUCAUCUGUCAGAAGAAAAUCUGUCUUGUUCACCUUCUGGAAAGCCAUCACCUACAUUGUUCCUAUGAUCAUUUUGCUUUUUGUGGUCCUUAUCGGAUGUAAUCAACUUCAUACCUACAAGCCUGAUGUCACAAGCCAACAACUGAACACAGCUAUCGAACCCCAGAUACCCUAUUUGCUCACCCUUGUCUUGAUGACUGCACCUCGCAGAAAUGGUGUUGCCUACAUCAAGGAAACAUUGACAUCAUAUCUAGACAAUUUCCCAGAAGAGUAUGUGGAUCCUUUGUAUUCUCGAAUCCAAAUUGUUGUCUACACUCACUUCACAGACUUUGAAGCAUACGAUCAAGCCAAGGGCUAUUUCGAUACUAUCCCAAAGGCACGCAAACAUGUCAAAUGGGUCAGAGAAGAGGGAUCUGAAAAGAGCCAACGCAAGCAUCUCAUCAGCGCAAUCCGCAAAAUUGGAACAUCAGAGGAUACAGUCUAUCUGGGCAUUAUGGAGGAUGACUUUCCGUUCUGUAAGAAUGGCUGGCAAGAAAUGCUCAACAUCCUGUAUGAAGCCAACAGACAGGUGCCCGAUCACUGUGGCGCUUUUAUUGCGACUGGAGGUAGUGGCUUGAUUUUUAAGCGAUCAGUCGCUUUGGCAGCGACGUUCAUUCUCGAAAACGAUGUUCUAGAACAUGAGCGUGGCGGAAUUGCUUCUCCUCCAGACGUUACACUUCAGAACUGUAUGCUGGGCAAGCAUGACUAUUGCUCCAGCUGUGCAGGUACUAUAGUCAUCAGCAAGGCUCUCUUGCAAGGCCAUCUCGGAUAUAAUUCCUCCACUAGCGGCGAAGGCUAUCAUAAGAGUCAAUUUCAGUGUGGCUGGAGACAUCCUUUUAAUGGUUUGCCCGUCGUUCACGCUCUCUAAGUCCAUUCGUGCAGAGACCUAUUCUUUUUUUCUUUUCUUUUUUAUAUUCAACAUAUCCCAGUACCUUAAUAAUUACUUCUAUUCCUGUAUUUUUAUCCGUAAACCCCGUAAUUUCCAUUUCGACUAUAGCUCUUUGCCUACUAUAGAUAGAUGAAUCGAACUAUUGUGAUACCAUACCCUUUUCCAAAUUGUCUCUUCCCUGCUCAUGAAUGUAUAUAUAAUAUCAAAAAAAAAAAAAGUUCAGCA